AAUGCGAAAAUAGGGUAAGCUUCAUCAAUCACUUGAAUCUCACCCAUUUUUAUCUCGCAAACAUCUUCCUCAACUCCACGGCGUCGAUCCGAGGAGUUUGAGAAAACCCUAACCCUAAUUUAUCACUCUCAUUCUCUUCUCACAACACUAUCAGUCAUGGCAGGCGUAGCACCAGAAGGAUCCCAAUUCGAUGCUCGACAGUUUGACUCCAAAAUGAACGACUUGCUUUCAGCUGAUGGACAAGAUUUCUUCACAUCAUAUGAUGAGGUUUACGAUAGCUUUGAUGCAAUGGGUCUACAAGAGAAUCUUCUGAGGGGCAUUUAUGCAUAUGGUUUUGAGAAGCCAUCAGCUAUUCAGCAAAGGGGAAUUGUCCCAUUCACCAAGGGUCUUGACGUAAUUCAACAAGCCCAAUCUGGGACCGGGAAAACCGCCACUUUUUGCUCAGGCAUCCUCCAACAACUUGAUUAUAACGUCGUUGAAUGUCAAGCCUUGGUGUUAGCACCAACUCGUGAACUCGCACAACAGAUCGAGAAAGUCAUGCGGGCCCUUGGUGACUACCUUGGUGUGAAGGUUCAUGCUUGUGUUGGUGGGACCAGUGUCCGUGAGGACCAACGGAUCCUCUCAGCCGGGGUCCACGUUGUUGUCGGUACACCCGGACGUGUUUUCGACAUGUUGCGCCGACAGUCUCUUCGUUCUGAUUACAUCAAGAUGUUUGUUCUUGAUGAGGCUGAUGAAAUGCUUUCAAGGGGGUUCAAAGAUCAGAUCUAUGAUAUCUUCCAGUUGUUACCAUCAAAGGUUCAGGUUGGCGUGUUUUCCGCAACAAUGCCACCAGAAGCUCUGGAAAUUACUCGAAAGUUCAUGAACAAACCGGUUCGGAUUCUUGUGAAGCGUGAUGAACUCACUUUGGAAGGUAUCAAACAGUUCUACGUGAACGUGGAGAAAGAAGACUGGAAACUUGAAACACUCUGUGACCUUUACGAGACUUUGGCGAUCACACAAAGUGUUAUCUUUGUGAACACACGUAGGAAGGUUGACUGGUUGACCGACAAGAUGAGGAGCCGUGACCACACGGUGUCAGCCACGCACGGUGACAUGGACCAGAACACACGUGACAUCAUCAUGCGGGAAUUCCGUUCUGGUUCUUCACGUGUUCUCAUCACCACUGAUUUGCUGGCACGUGGUAUCGACGUUCAACAAGUUUCGCUUGUGAUAAACUAUGAUCUUCCUACCCAACCGGAAAAUUACCUUCACCGUAUCGGACGUAGUGGACGGUUUGGAAGAAAAGGUGUGGCGAUUAACUUUGUGACGUUGGAUGAUGAGAAGAUGCUCGGGGAUAUCCAGAAGUUCUACAAUGUUGUUGUCGAAGAGCUGCCUUCCAACGUUGCUGAUCUGAUUUGAUCUGAUUUCGAAGAUUUUUGAAUUUGAUCCGUGUUUUGUUUUGUUUAAGUUAUUAAAAGAUCGUAUCUUUUGGGAGUAGGAUUUGAAAUCAUGGCUGUACCCUUAGUCUUAAUUUCUUGGACUUGUUUUAUUCAUUUGAAUUCCGUCAUUCGGUAUGCUCCAGUUUUGAUCGAAAUUCGGGUUGGUUUCAUUUAA